AUGAAUAGGAUAUUCAGACCUUUCUUGGAUAAAUUUGUGGUUGUCUUCAUCGAUGACAUCCUAAUUUAUUCUAAGACCCGAGAAGAGCACGAGGACCACCUUCGGACAGUGCUUGGAGUAUUUAGAGAGAGAAAGUUGUAUGCAAAGUUGUCCAAGUGUGAGUUCUGGAUGGAGGAAGUGCAUUUCUUGGGGCAUGUUAUCUUGGCUGGUGGAAUUGCGGUUGAUCCAGCCAAGGUUACUAUCGUCGCUUCAUUGAGAACUUUGCUCGAUUUGGAGCAUUAUUUGUAUGGUGCUCAAUUUCAAGUCUUCAAUGACCACAAGAGCUUAAAGUACCUCUUCGAUCAGAAAGAGCUCAAUAUGAGACAAAGGCGAUGGAUGGAAUUCCUUAAGGACUAUGAUUUUGAGCUCUUAGAAUUGGAGUUGAUUGAGGAUUUUAGUGACUUGAAGCUGCAUGUAGAGCUUGAACCUGACAGCCUCAAGUGUAGUAAGUUGGUGGUGUCUAGUAACCUGAUAGAACGUAUUAAAGAGGGGCAAUUGUUAGAUCCCGAGCUUCAGACAUCCACAACUUUGAUUGGUACGGAAAAGGGGUUUCUUCUACACAGGGAUAGAUGGUCUCUUACGGUUCAGGGGAAGGACAUGUGUCCCCAAUGA